AUGAAAACGCCUUCUUUCUCUUCUCUUUGCACCUUACUCGCGGUUCUUAAUACAGGAACCGUGAGCGCCAAAGACAAAGGGAGCCCCAUUCUCUUCCUCAGCGAAGAUGACAGUUUCAACUUCGAUAUCCUCACCGGUCUUGGCCAAAUGGCCAACGACGGUGCAGACGUCAAUCCCGUUCUGAGCGCCGCCAAAAAGAUCGUCCCAGGCAAUUUUGAAAGCUACACCAAAGCAUGGUUCGAUCUUGCAAACUACACCAAGUCUCAAGCUCUUGAUCCGAAGAUCGCAUACGAUCCUGUUAAUGCCAGGGCUACUUGGUUCUCUGUGUCAAACUAUUUCCGCCGAGCUGAUGUUUAUAAUCGCGCUGAUUGGGAUGAUCCUCGCAUCAAUGAGUAUUGGGAUGAGCAGCGUGCUGCUUUUGAUAAAGCCAUUGCUGCUUUGCCUGUUCCAGCUGAGAGAGUUGAGAUUCCUGCUGGUGAUUUCAAUGUCUCUGGAAUUUGGUAUUCUCAGCCUAAUAAGAACAACCAGACAAAGCGACUCCCUACUCUCAUACUCACGCAGGGCUUUGACGCUGCCCAAGAGGAUCUCUACUCAACUAUUGUCGCUCCAGCCCUUGCUCGCGGAUACAACAUUUUCUCUUUCGAAGGUCCAGGACAGCCAACUGUUCGCCGAGAGCAAGGUGUUGGUUUCAUUCCAGACUGGGAACGAGUUGUUACUCCCGUCGUCGACUAUCUGCUCUCUGAGAAAUCUGCCUUGGUUGAUCCCAAGAAACUUGUUCUGUAUGGUCACUCUUUUGGGGGCUAUCUCGCCGCUCGUGCCGCCGCAUUUGAACCUCGACUGACAGCUCUCAUGCUGAAUGGUGGUAUCUGGGACGCAUAUAGGGGAAAUGCCGCUCAUCUAACCCCAGAGCUCCGCGAGCUUCUCGAGUCAGGUGAUAAAGAAGCAUUCGACAACGCCAUGAGCAAAAUUCAAGACGAUCCAGAUAUCCCCACCACCACCAAAUGGGGCAUCCUUCAAGGUCUCUGGUGCUUCAAGACCAAGUCCCCUUACGAAUUCUUCCAGAUGGCCAAGAGCUAUAAUCUGCGAGGCGGGAUCACAGACCGUAUCCAGAUGCCAGUUUGGAUUGCCGACGGAGAAUUUGAAACACUUCAGUCUGGACAGUCUAAGCCAGUUGCAGAAGCUCUGGGAGAUCGUGCUGAACUUCACAUGUUUAAUGGCACUGCUGGAUAUCAUUGUCAGACUGGAGCUCCUCAGGAAUUUGGUCGCGUGAUUUUUGCGUGGUUGGACAAGAUCUUGAAUAAGGUUUAG